GCGGUUGAGGUGACUGUGCAUUGCUUUGAAAGCUGUAGCUUGAUCUGCAUUUCUGCAAAGGAUAGACACAGUAGAGAAGGUCAUGUUCUUUUGUGUUUUUUUGUACAGGAUCAUUCAGAUCGCUUCCAGCGAUGUUUCAGAACAUGAUGUGAGUAUUUUACGAGUCCAGCUGAACGAAAGCAUCAGUCUGAGCUGCAGCAUGACUGACCAGUAUGAAAUCUCCUGGUAUCAUCAGAAUCGUGAUUCUGGACAACUAACAUUACUGAUGUCUGCUAAGGUCAGCACUGUAGCAGGACGAAAACUGCUAGUUAGGUACAAUCAGAAUUGGAGUCGUCUGACAGUUAAAGCAGAUGUGGGGAUCAACACAGUCACACUAGAUAUUACUGGACUAACAGAGUCAGAUUCAGGUCUUUAUUUCUGUGGAACAAAAUCAACGGAAAUGCACUUCGACAAACCCAUCAGACUACAAAUGGAGGACAAGCUAACACACAGAGAGAGCAAAGUUCCCUCCAUCACAGAGCUGCCAGAGGAUGAUGAGAACACAGAUGGAGUGACUCUGACAGAGCGCGUGCUGAUGUUCGGUGGAGUUGGUCUGGCUGUGUUUGUGUUUUUUCUGGCUACAGUCUUCGCAGGAAUAAUCAUUCACUAUCACGGCUGGCAGAAAGGAUGGGCUGCGGCCAAGCGCUCAGUUUAUCAUCAAAAGUCAGCUAAAUGAUACACAAUAAUCAGGAUUGCUGUAGGUCACAACUGACAUUGGUUCACCAAUGUGGAAUUAUUAUAAGCUGAAUUCAAGAGGUAAUAUACAUGCUAUCUGUUUUACGGCACAUUAAGCUUGAUUAAAUCAAAAUGUUUUCAGUGUUAAAUCUGCUGUUUAGAACUAUUGGUCAAACAAAUUGCACUUAAACUAAGAAAUAGAAAUGCAUUUUUCUGUCAGAAAACCUGUGUUGGGGUGGUGUGGUGGUGGCCUGGGGUCUGAAAUUAAGGAAUUUUGUGUGAUAUUGAUAAAUAAAUAAUAUUUUGCUGAAUGUA